AUGCCUCGCAAGUUUGGGUCCAUCUGCAACGUGAACGGCCGAGCAGUGGCGGCACCAAGUGGUGCCGAGAAGAUUUUAGUGGUGGAACCCGCAGAUGGCCAGGUCUCGGCCAUUGAGCUCCCUGCGAGCAUAGAUGCAAGCAAAUGCUGCAAGUAUCUGUCCGUCUGCAAUGUGAAUCGAAAGGCCGUCAUGGCCCCUUGUAAUGCUGAGAAGAUCUUGGUGGUGGAUCCUGAGGCUAGCCAGGCUUGGGCCAUCGACCUACCCUUCGGCCUUGAUGCACGCACCGAGUGGAAGUAUUUCUCAGUUUGCAGUUUGAUGAACAGGGCAGUGGCGGCGCCACUCGAUACCGAUAAGAUCUUGGUGGUGGAUCCUGCAACGUCCAAGGCUCAAGCCAGAGACCUUCCUGCAGGGAUUGAUGCCAGCAGAUGCCACAAGUAUUGCUCCAUCUCCGUGGCGAGUGGAAGGGCAGUGGCAGUGCCAUGGAACGCCAAGAGGAUUUUGGUGCUGGACCCUGCAACUGGCCAUGCUUCGGCCAUCGACCUCCCCGCAGGAAUUGAUGCUAGCAGGGGUCGAAAGUUUUUGUGCGCCUGUGCUGUGAAUGGUAAGGCAGUGGCGGUGCCAAGUGGUGCCGAGAAAGUGUUGGUAGUGGAUCCUGUACAUGGUCAGGCUUCCGCCCGCGACCUCCCUGCAGGCAUUGAUGCAAGCAGGCCCCGCAAAUAUGAGUCCGUUUGCAGCAUGAAUGGAAGGGCCACUUGA